AUGUCCAAUGAGGACGGGUGCAAAGCUAUCAAGCAGUUUCUAAUCGGACUUAAACCCCAACAGGUGAAGAACGACACAACUAUAUCUGAAAAGCUGUGUUCAUGUUUCAUCUCAGUGAUAACCGCUCUGCGCAACGAGAAUGCCAUCAAUGACUCUGAAAGGCUCGUCUUAACAGAUAGCAUCAGUAUUUGGUUCUUGAGGUCCCGCCAACUUUUAGAAAUGGAGCAGGAUCAACAAGGAUGUUCUCCCUUCCUACAAAAGUUGCGAACCGAUAUCUUAACUAUCGAAAAUUGUACUUUUCUCUUCCACUAUGUGAUUGAUUAUUGGAAUGAAGGCGGUGCUGCUUUAGCAAAUUCCUUAAGUGACUUAUUCACAAAGCUUUUGCAGUUGAUGAAGCUAGUGCAUAGCACAGCCGUAUUUCAAGAAACCUUAGACGGAUGGCUGUCGCAGGUUUUAGAUAUACCUGCUUCCAUGCGGGUGCUUUAUUACCUUCUUGAUGUUUUCGCCUCUGAAACAAGCAUGUAUAAGGUGCUACAAAGCAAGCCUAAUUUCGUGGCAGACUCUCUGGGCCUAAUGUGGACAGAGUCUUUGGCAACGCCCAUCGGCAAAUGCGUCACUAGUGUUCUCCUCAACGUGUAUGAAGGGCAUUACCGAAAGUGCAAAAGAAGAGAAGACCUUGAGGAAUGGUUUCUACUUUGGGAAGGACCAACAUUGCGUUACUUUCAAGAUCCUAGGAUAAGCAAGAGAAUUGAAAUUUGCAUACUUGUGCCUAUUUUCAAAAGUCUAUCCAACAACAUAUUUGGGCAGUUUGUUAAUAGAAAUUUCGAGUCUGAGGCUCCAGCGCUCAUUCCUUUGUUAAAAAUAGGUCAGGAACUUUCGAUAGAGGAAGAACCGUUUGAUGGCGACAAACUUGUAUCACUCAAGUUUGUUGAGGAACUCUUACAACAAGAUGCUUACAAGCUUUCUGCUUUUGAACUUUUGACUUUUUCUGCAAAGAAGUCUAAGGUGAUUGCGCCAUACAUAUAUGACGUUAUCAAACGGAAUAUACACGUUUUCUUUGUUGAUAUCGAAGUCAGGACGAGAAAUGCUUUUCACAGCGUCUUGAAGCAUUUUAUUGAUAGGGUCAGAGACUCUUCGUAUUCUCUUAAUAGAGACUUUAUCAGCUUACAUGCUAAAAACAAGUUUCCAGAUGAACAAGCCCAAAAGUUGCAGCAGAUUGAUGAUGCUAUUGAUUUUCUUCAGUGGCUUACAGGCUUCUUGAAAACACAGUUGUUGCCUGGCUCUCAAUACCAACGAAAAAUUUUGUCUACCAAGAUCCUCAAGACAUUAGCCUCUUCUAGCAUUGACCCCUCGAUUGGGCAACCUUACCUCGAUCCAAGGCUGAGAACGCCUUUUCCAUUUUCGUGUAAACUCUCAGAGGAUGAAACAUUACAAAGGCUGCUAAUAGAUAAUCUAACUGACAAUUACAAUGACAUUCGCGAAAACUGUUUGCAAUUAUUGACAAUGUUUGCCUAUUCGAAGACACCAACCGGUACAGAAAAUCUUGAGGCUGUAUCUAGAAAGUCCUGGGAGCUCUUAAAGUCAUACAAGAACUGCGAUGGAGGUGCCAAGCUUAUUGAAUUUCUAGUUGAAAUAUCGGAUGAUAAGUCAACAUUGGUUUAUGUCCUUGUAAAAGAGUUGCAAAAAAAAAUCAUCAAGUCAGGCGCCUCUUUUAAGGAAGCUAUAAAGACGCCUAUUAGCGGGUACUUUUUGGCUUUGAGUUACAUCCUUCAAAAAUCUGAUGCGAUACCUGAAACUGUAACGCUGAGAAGCAUAAUAGAUGAGUGCAUUUCGUUGAUGAACAACAAUUGGAAAGUAGUUGAGUUUGCCCUGUGCGAUGAUCCUUUUGAAAAAAAUACACAAACACAACAUGACAUCUGUGAGGUUUCAGAUCCCCUCGUGAUUAGUUACGCAUUUAGGUCAAUUAAAGAGUCCGCGGGUCUGCUCGCUGCUCUUAUUCGCCUUCCAGGUUUAACGAUCAAGCAGCUUACUGCUUGCGGUGAACUCAUGCUCGCUCAAAUGUCAACAAUUCGACACAGCGGCGCCUUUCAGUCUUUGAUUCCCAGCUUUGCGGCUUGCUGUCGGCGUUCCAACACUGACAUCCCACAGCAGUUGCAAGUGUGGCUGGAAGAAAUUUUGAAUAGGCUAGAGACAAAAACACAGUUUAUUACACGUCGAUCCGGCGGGCUGCCCCAUAUUAUAACAAGUAUUCUUGGCGCUGAAGACAAUAAAAACAGGCCCUUGUUGAAGGUAACAUUUGAUAAGCUAUUCUCGAUAGCAAGCUUACCAGUGUCUGAGCACGAGGAGCAAGUUGAUCUGCCCCAGGUCAACGCGUUCAACUGUAUUAAAGCUCUCUUUGUCGAAUCUUCUUUGUCAGCCGCUUGUUCGCCCUAUGUUUACCCGUCAUUGGUCCUCUGCCUUCAGUCCUUCACUUCCCCAUUGUGGUCUAUCCGAAAUUGUUCAUAUAUGCUAUUCUCAGCUUUACAAAAUAGGCUGUUUGGUAAAGCGGGAAAAAGCGUUAGUGCACGUCUUUUCUUCUCUCGCUUCAGCGGUAUUAGGGAGAUCCUUCUCGAUCAAUUUAAAAGCUCAGUGAAAAAUUCUCUUUGCUAUCAGGAUACUGCAGAAGGUUCUUCACUUUCGUCAGGCAUGGAUUCACAGAUUGUCUCUAUCUUUCUUGUUAUGACAAUCCUAUCGCGACUGAAGCAAACACCUGGCUUUGAGGGACUUAAAGAGUUUGAGAGUCUUGUAAUUAAAUGUCUGGGAUCCCAUAAUUGGACUCUGCGGCAGCUGGCCGCUCGCACGCUACCUUCGAUGUCAGAUAACACUAUUGAUCUUGCAAAGCUACUUUUGAAGAAGCUCACGCUUGCGAGCACUAAUCAAAAUAUGAUGCAUGGCUGCAUUCUUGCUGUAUCCGAGCUAAUCAAAAUCACAAUGGAAAGCUCAAACAGUUGCAGUCUUCCUGAUGAGCUUUCGCAACUUGUUGAAAGGGGAAUAUCGAGAGCCAUAACUUCAAACAACUGUUUCGUGACUGCUAAUGCAUACGUUGGACUAGUGGAGCUAUUAUAUUCAAGUGGUUCGAUAUCCAAAACAUGUGUUUCGUCCUGGUUGCCCAAAUUAGGUGAGCAUUUCGUUAAGCUCAAUACCAGUUACUCAGUGGAUGGAACUCGACAGCUAUGUCUGCGUUCGCUGCUUCUGUUCCUUCUUCGCCAUGAAAACGAAGACAACUUACAGGAUGUGUUAUUGCUCGGCUUAUAUUCACCAUAUUUCAAAGUCCAGAUUGCAGCUGCCCAGUAUAUCUGCACUAAUGAUAAAGCAGCACAUGUCAAAACUAAUGCAAUCGCUGAUAGACUUUUGGAAAUCCUUUUUGAGGAUAAUGCUUGGGACUAUGUCAAGCUCUCUGUAUUGAGGUCGUUGAUAGUACUUGAGAAGGAGGUUGACACGUCAGCAUUGAUGAAGUUGGUAAUAAGUGCUAGAAACGAUGAGCUGCGAGCGGUGGCCCUUGAGUAUCUCGGUUUCUUUGUUGAUAAAAACAACUCUCAGUAUGACUAUUACGUGAAACAUUUUUCGAGAGAUCAAUCACCCUUCGAACUGAGAAAGUCAGCGUUAAAAUCCUUGAUAAAUUUCUCGAAGCGGAAUUCCGACAUUCGUGCAUCGUUUCUCAUUAGUCGUUUUCUUUACGAUGACGACCAAGAGUUGCGGAUGUUAUCAGCAAGCUUUAUCAAUCAAUGUGUUUUGGGGUUGAAAGGUUUUAGACAGUCGACAACUUCUGCCGUCACUGCAGAUCUUUUUUUUGACACGAUGGAAAGUUAUCCACAAUUGCCAAACGGUUUCGACACUGUCAUUCUGGAAGCUCUGCAGAGAGAUGUUGGAACCAUUUCUUUUCAAAAAUAUGUGGGAGCCGGCAAGGAAGAUCUAUUUGAAGUCGAGCCAGAAAACCAAUUCAGAAACACAAUUGAGGAGGCGUCAAGGUUUAUUGGUGUGUUGAAGUGUUUCUUCAAAGAGAGCAGCAGCGUACAGGCAUACAUUUCGACGCUACUUGAUGAGUUGAUUGCUCAAAUCAGUGACGUGGGGAUAAGUGACGCGCCGCUAGGUUGGGGCUCAGACUUCAGGAUAUUCACACAGAUAGUUUUGGCCAGGAAAAUUGCCAUUGAAUUUGGCGUUGAGGGACUCCAAAAAUUGGACAAGCUUUUAAUAGCGGUCAACUGCAACCCGCUUAUUUUUGAAAUAACUUCAUUAGUCUAA